UUGACUGUUAGCUGCGCUCCUCUCUUCAUGUUUCACGUUGACUGUAAACAACAGCCGAGGUUGCUGUCACGCUCUGGUUUUAGCUUUAACUUUGUGUUUUUGGUUUUAUUUAUGUUUUUAUAAAUAAGUCACGGUUUUAAAAUCGUUGGAGCUGAAGGAGGCAGCUAACGUUGAGCUAACGGCUAAUGUACCUGGACGUUAGGCGCUAACUGACUGUUGACGAGUCGUCUCACUACUUUGCGUCGUGUCGGUUUAGGUGAGAGGCUCAACACCCAGAGAUGACCGGGUCUAAUGGACGCUGUGAUUAGGUGUUUGCCCGGAGAGGUUCAGGAGGCGCUUCGCUCCGGAGUCUCCAUCCCCUCCCUCCAGCAGUGCGUGGAGGAGCUCGUCCUGAACAGCAUCGAUGCCGGGGCCACCUGUGUGGGGGUCCGGGUGGACAUGGAGUCCCUCAAAGUGCAGGUCCUCGACAACGGCGCCGGCAUGAGCGCCGAGGACAUGGAGCGUGUGGGAAACCGAUACCACACGAGUAAAUGCAGCUCCCUGGAAGACCUGGAUGACCUCAGGUGCUACGGGUUCAGAGGAGAAGCCCUGGCGAGUAUAUUUUCCUUAUCCACACUUGUCGAGAUCACGUCCCGCACCAGAUCGUCGGUGAAAACACACGUGAAGGUGUUCAAGAAGGGCGAAGGUCUGUGUGUGUUCGAGGCCGAUGCUGCUCGACCCUCUGCGGGCACCACCGUCGUCGUCAGUAACUUCUUCCACAGCAUGCCGGUCCGGAGGAAGAGGGUGGACGCUGUGCUGGAGGGAGAGAGGAUCAGACACCGGGUGGAGGCCAUUUCUCUGAUGCAUCCCUCGGUGUCCGUCACCCUGAGGAACGACUGCACCGGGGCCAUGGUGGUGCAGCUCAGCAAAGCCAGGGACACUCGCCACAGGUUUGCGCAGAUACACGGCAUUGAGCGAGCACAGAAACUGGGAGAAAUCCGCCACACGCACGGGCAGUUCGAAGUGGCCGGUUACGUCGGCAAGGAGGGCCACUACAACAACAGCUCGCAGUUCCUGUACGUGAAUGGCAGACUGCUGCUGAAGACACGCAUACACAAGUUGUUGAACUUUCUCCUGCGCAGACUGAGCACGAAUCAGAGAAACGGCAGUCCGGAUGGGCAGUCCGCCAUCAGGAGUCCCAAGCAGAAACGGAGCCAAGAGCUGCAUGGAGUUUACAUCAUCAACAUCAAGUGCUCGUACUCCGAGUACGACAUUUGUCUUGAGCCUGCUAAGACGCUGAUCGAGAUGAAAGAUUGGGAUGGCAUUUUGCUCUGCAUGGAAGAGGCAGUGAAGGCUUUUCUGAGCAGGGAGAACUUGGUUGCUGUGCUUUCUCAGGAUGACUUUGACUCUUUAUCGCCUGCACAGUUUGGUACGGACAAUACAUCCAGAGAGGGUAACGGUGCUUCCACACUAGAUCACGGUAUUGGAAUGAAGCUGGCAUCCGAAUCUGUGCAUCGUGCGCGCAAAGAGGACGGUGUUUGCCAGGGGUCUGGUCUGCUUGAGUGCAGCGACUACAAGGCUGAGAAGAUGCCUGCAAAUGAUUUGGAAACGACACAACGUGAAGGAUGUGUACACAAAGAUUGUAGAGAUGAGCCACAGUGUGAUUUGACUCAACCGGAACUUGCAUCUGAUAAUAACAUCACUGAAGAAGAGGAGAAACCAUUCAGUAACGCUCAGAUUUUAUGUGUUUCAACUUCACCAGAGAGUGAAAACCCCCAAUUUACAAAAAGAAGAAGAACAGAGCAACAAUUAAAUGAUACUUCCUCAAGCAGCAAUGUGAUUUUACCAGAGAGCAUCACUCAACAUAUUCAGCCUGAUCUAAACAGCACUGAGCAGUUACCGGACUGUCAGGGUGCAGGAGGACACAGACCUUCUUUAAUUAGUAACAGAAAAAUCAGCCUGUCUGAUCCAUUCAUUCAUCGAAAUCUGCAGGAUCAGCACCCGUCCCAAAUCAACAAGUCAGUAUUUCCGCAGCAAAAUUCAGCACAGAAAUCAGAGGAGACAUCAUCUACAUCCAAGUGCAAGAUUUCACUGGUUACAGGCCAUGACCGAUGCUCUCGAAGACGAUGCAACGACUUUGCUCCCGUCGUUCCCUCAAAGAUCCCCAGAAUUGGAUCUUGUCAAAGGUUGUCUUUAUGGAAUGAGUCUGGAUCUCUCGAUAAGUUUAGAAGAAUAUUUGGUAUAUCUAAAGAAUCUAAAUUAUCCUCUCUGGAGACUCGUAUUGAAAACAAUUCAAAGCUCCCUCAGAUAAACAGACCAACUUUGAACCUGCAGAAUUUGUUGGUUUGUCGGAAAAAUCAGCAAGAUGAUGGUGAUGCAGAGACACAGAAAAAUGAGACACAGAGCAGUUUCCAAAGCUUACCAACCCUCUCAGGUUUCACUAAGCUGAAACCACACUCAGCUCAGAAUACAGGCAAAAAAUCGUUGGCGGCUAAACUCUGCCAUUUGAAACAACACGAGCCAGUGGGUUCUAAAGUGUCAGUGGACAUCUCUGGGACUACCUCACAGACCUGUGUCAGUGGUGGUAAUGACAUCCAAGACAGCAAUAACAACGAGAAUCCCUGUGACACUUCACUGAAUCCUGAACCAGACUCGGCUUGUAAGGCAAUCCCUCAGGAAGAGGAUAUAACAUCAGGUGACUGGCUCCAUCACUACGAUGCAUCGGUGGGAAAGACGGUUUACGUCAACAGAGUGACCGGUCUUAGCAAAUAUGAAGACCCAGAAGAAGAAACUCAAGUGCGUUGCACAUCUGAUAUCACCAAUAUGGCCGUUAGUGUCAUCUCUGAAACAGAUGAUGCUGGUGAGAAUUCACUUUCCUCGUUGUACUCAAAGUGGAGUAAUCCCGUGUUCGUCCAACCUCCCACGGUGGGCGUGGACAUAUCAAGUGGACAAGCGGAUGGGCUGGCUGUAAAGAUUCACAACAUCCUGUUUCCAUAUCGCUUUUCCAAGGCCAUGAUUCAAUCAAUGAAGGUUAUUCAACAAGUGGAUAAGAAGUUCCUUGCGUGUCUUAUCAAUACACGAGAGGAAGAACCUGCAGCACAAACUGAAACUAAAGAAAAUCUGCUGGUGCUGGUGGAUCAACAUGCUGCACAUGAGAGAAUUCGACUCGAAAAUCUUGUUGCAGAUUCCUAUGAAGACGACCCAAAUGCAACAGGGGAGAGACGUCUGCGUUCGUCAAACAUUUUGCCGCCUCUUGAGAUAAAUGUGACGGAAGGGGAGCUCAGGCUGCUGAGGUCCUGUCAGGCACAUUUCCAGAAUCUGGGCUUGGAAGUGACUUUCUCAGAGGCAGCCGAUACACAAGUGUUUGUGGGGAAGGUACCACUGUGCUUCGUGGAAAGGGAGAGUAAUGAGCUCAAACGAGGGAGACCAUCUGUAAUUAAGCCUAUAGUUGAGGAGUAUCUUCGAGAGCAGAUUGAGUUGCUCCGCUCAGCUGGUAGAGUGAGAGGAACGCUGCCCCUCACUGUGCUUAAAGUGCUUGCCUCCAUAGCAUGCCAUGGUGCCAUCAAAUUCAACCACAGCCUGAGCAGCGUUGAAUGCCACUGCUUGGUAUCAUCCUUAUCUACCUGCAAGCUGCCCUUCCAGUGCGCCCAUGGCCGUCCCUCCAUGAUUCCACUUGUUGACAUCCUCCAUUUGGACAAAGACCAGAAGGAAUUAAAGAAACCAAAUCUCCAAAAGCUGAGAAGAAUGCAUAAAGCAUGGGAACUAUAUGGCAAUAGAUAAAAGGGUGUGUAUUGUUUUGUGUAGCUGGUGUGUAUUUUAUAUUAAAUCUGUUAUUUAUUGUCAGUGUAAUGAAUUGUGAAAACUCAAAAUAUGAACUUAUUAAAUGGCUAACAUAGUCAAAUUCCCCUGAA